AUGUUGUGUACUAAUGGCGUUUGUCAAAGCCCCUCGUGUACCGAUGGCCUACAAAACAACGGGGAAACGGACAUUGAUUGUGGUGGCAGUGGAUCGUGUCCCCGAUGUGGUACCUCUAAGAAAUGCUCUGCGAAUACCGACUGCACUAGUGCGAACUGUGAUGGAGCCAAGUGUCUAGCUUCAGCAAACAACGACAACGUGAUGAACGGAGACGAGACAGACGUGGAUUGCGGUGGUACAUCCGGUAACACGUGUGCCGUGAAUAAGAAAUGCAAAAUUACGACAGACUGCAACAAUAUGUUGUGUACUAAUGGCGUUUGUCAAAGCCCCUCGUGUACCGAUGGCCUACAAAACAACGGGGAAACGGACAUUGAUUGUGGUGGCAGUGGAUCAUGUCCCCGAUGUGGUACCUCUCAGAAGUGCUCUGCGAAUACCGACUGCACUAGUGCGAACUGUGAUGGAACCAAGUGUCUAGCUGCAGCAAACAACGACAACGUGAGGAACGGAGAUGAGACAGACGUGGAUUGCGGUGGUACAUCCGCAAACAAGUGUGCCGUGAAUAAGAUCUGCAAAAUUACGACAGACUGCAACAAUAUGUUGUGUGGUAAUGGCGUUUGUCAAAGCCCCUCGUGUACCGAUGGCCUACAAAACAACGGCGAAACCGACAUUGAUUGCGGUGGCAGUGGAUCGUGUCCCCGAUGUGGUACCUCUAAGAAGUGCUCUGCGAGUACCGACUGCACUAGUGCGAACUGUGAUGGAACCAAGUGUCUAGCUUCAGCAAACAACGACAACGUGAUGAAUGGAGAUGAGACAGACGUCGAUUGCGGUGGUACAUCCGGUAACACGUGUGCCGUGAAUAAGAAAUGCAAAAUUACCGCAGAUUGCAAUAAUAUUUUGUGCAUAAGUGGCUUUUGCCAAAGUGCGUUGUGUACCGAUGGCCUACAAAACAACGGUGAAACAGACGUUGACUGCGGUGGCAGUGGUUUGUGCCCUCGAUGUGCUAUCGCUAAGAAAUGUUCUGCUAAUACUGACUGUGGUAGUGCGAAGUGUGAUGGAACCAAGUGUCUAGCUCCAGCAAACAACGACAACGUGAUGAAUGGCGAUGAGACAGACGUGGAUUGUGGUGGUACAUCCGGUAACAUAUGUGCGGUGGGCAGUAAAUGUAAAGUUGAUACUGAUUGCAGUAAUGGUUAUGUGUUUUUCGAUGGCGCCGAUAGUGUCUGGCCACUGGAACAAAACGUCACAUCCAAUAUACGACGAUUGGAUGGCACACUAGUCAAUUCACCUACUUAUGUUACCCCUGGCAUCAACAAUGGUUAUGCUCUGCAGUUUGUCACUAGCAGUUCACAAGGAGUACAGAUACCAAAUUAUCAAAAUUUUGCUUAUACUAGUUUUACAGUGGAAAUGUGGAUCAAACCCACCACACUUUCCGCUGGUAGUACAUGGGGACUUUUUAGUCAAAUUGAGUCGGUGACACCUCACAAAUUGUUACAUCUUUGUAUUCGUGACCAAAAAUUAUAUAUGGGCUUUUAUUUUGACGAUCUGUCUGGCACAACCACACUGUCAACUAAUACCUGGUAUCAUGCAGCAUUCGUUUAUAAUUAUUUAACACAACAGAAGACCAUUUAUUUAAAUGGAGUUCAAGACGCCAUAGGUAGUUCAAGUAACUAUCAGGGCACUAGUGGUAUAAUAACCAUUGGAUAUUAUGAUAAUAAGAAUUAUUAUGACGGUUUCAUGGAUCAAGUUUCACUCACAAUGAACGCUAAGACAGCAAGCGAGAUUCUCGAUGAUGCUACCUUGACUACAUGGCAUUCAUUUGAUUGUGGAUUGCAGGAUGAUUCGGGUCCAAAUAAAAUUAGUGGAACUGCUAAUAACGUUGUAUCAGGAAAUGGUAGAAUACCUGGAUAUGUUCUUCUUGGUGUUGCUAACAAAGCAUUUUCGAUGUCGCUAUGGAUCAAUCCGACGUCAACGAGCGGUGGAACUCUUGCACAUCUUUCAAGUAAAUCAGAUGGGCAGAAUUGGUGCUUUGAUGUACUGGGCUUGAGCUCUAGUGGGAAUAUAGUAGGCGCUGUUCGCUCUGGUGGUAGUGUUCAAGAAGUAGUGGGCCCUACUGUAUCGGCGAAUAUCUGGACACAUGUUGCCAUCACAGCUUCAACGGGUAAUGGUGUUCGUUUGUAUGUCAAUGGUGUUUCAAGUGGUACCAAGAGUAUAGCGUCGAUUGAUACUUCAGCAGUUGCAGUAUUUAUGACAUUGGGCAGUCCAUUGCAAGGAACAUCAUGUCCAAAGAAUUCAAUUGUAGCCAGUGUCUAUCAAGGUCUUUUGGAUGAGUAUCGUGUGUAUUCACGAGAACUAACUGCAGCAGAGGUCACUAAACUUGCUGCUCCUUGA